GAGCGUCCCGGCUGAGACUUUCUCUCACAAGAAGCAAUGAGGAGAAGGGAGCCGUCGCCCUGCUGAUACCAGGACGUCUGGGAUGCAGUAGCGUUUGUUUUCUAGUGGGAUCAUAUUUGUAUAUUUCUAGGGAAAACAAACAAUACAUUGCGGAUUUGGCGUAUCCAACAAUCGGAUGCAAGCAGAGCCAGGCCCAACUUAACAAUGGGCCCCAUACCCCUGUGUGUGCUGCUCCCGGUGACGGUGCUGGCUGUGGUGGUGGCUGUAGCUGCUGAGGAGAAUGCAAUCGAUGACGAGUAUACCUGGCCACAGUGGAAGGUGCCUCUGGUAAGGAAAAGACGCACUGUGCCUCUAAGCAGCCCAAACUUUUCAGCCCAUCCUCCACCAGAGCUGAGUGGGACCUGUGGGAUUGAGUGUCAGCGUCGCCUUCCAGCCACCACUCUGGAUGACCUGGAGCAGUUCCUGUCCUACGAGACAGUUUAUGAGAAUGGAACGCGCACGUAUACCUCAGUUUCUGUGCAGGGCCUCAAUGAGGUGACAGCCUGGUCUGGAAAUAUCUCGUCUAGCUCUCGCCACAAACGAGAGGUGUACGGCACAGAUACCCGCUUUACCAUCUCUGAUAAGCAGUUCUGCACCAAAUAUCCCUUCUCCACCUCUGUGAAGAUCUCCACAGGAUGCUCCGGGGUUCUUGUGUCACCUAAACAUGUGCUGACCGCUGCCCACUGCAUCCAUGAUGGGAAGGAUUAUCUAGAUGGGGCGCAGAAGCUGCGUGUUGGCGUUCUAAAGGAGAAGUCCAGGCGAGGGAAAGGAGGCAAAGGCAGAGGAGGGCGAGGAAAGGGCAGAAGGAGAAAGGGAGACAAAGAUAAAGAGGAAGUGCAGGAAAAGGAAGAGAAUGAUGGCAAAGGGGAGCGUAGAGGAAAAGGGAAAGGUAGAAAGAGCAGGAGUCGGCGAAGUGUGGAAUCAGGGAAACCUUCAUUUAGGUGGACCGGUGUCAAGAAGACCCAAGUGCCCAAGGGCUGGUUCAAAGGUGUGGCUGACGGACUGGCUGCAGAUUAUGACUAUGCGGUUUUGGAGCUGAAGAGAGCCCCAAAAGUCAAGCACAUGGAUCUGGGUGUUAUCCCCUCUGUCAAGAAGCUUCCUGCUGGGAGGAUCCACUUCUCUGGCUUUGACGAUGACCGUCCUGGCAACCUGGUGUACCGGUUCUGCUCCGUCUCUGAGGAGUCCAAUGAUUUGUUGUACCAGUACUGCGAUGCCAAACCAGGCUCCAGUGGCUCUGGGAUCUACAUCCGCCUCAAAGAGCCAGGAAAGAAGAAGUGGACGAGGAAGAUCAUUGGGGUAUUCUCUGGUCACCAGUGGGUGGAUGUAAAUGGAAACGGGAUGCAGCAGGAUUACAACGUGGCAGUGCGGAUAACGCCUCUCAAAUAUGCCCAGAUCUGUUACUGGGUCCACGGGGACUCAAGUGAGUGCCAGGUAGCUUAAGACAACACAGGACCCCCCUUAACCACCACCCCUCUCCAAUCCCUCAGACCCACCUCUAUACAAGGGACACCCCACCUCUCAUCACCAGCCAGGGGCCCAACGACUGCCUCUUGUCCUCCUGCCUCCCUGUUACCUCCUGUGCCUCCCAGUGACUCCUGCUACACUGACCUACACACACACAGCCAUACAGACUCAGUGUUGACAACAGAAACUUGUCAGCACUUCAAGAGAACUGUGGCUCUUAAACUUUUCUAAUUUAUUUGCUAAGAAAAAACAACUGAGAAAAAAUAUGUAUUGUAUGUUUUACAGAUCAUUCAGAUCUGCAGUUUUGCUUUCUGUUUUGACUCUUUCUUUUUAAAGAUUUGACAUUUUUGGAUACAGUGUUGGAAAGCGUGUAUAUCUAAAUGUUUGUGAGCAAAGCCCCUGGUACAUUUGUCUAAUAUUCCAACUAGGCUUUGUAUGGAGACAGUUGCAUUUUCGAGAGUUCUCCACCACUGUAAAGCCAAGUGUGUGCAUUGGCUUGGACAAAAGACCCAGAAGAAAUUAAUGUAACUUUUGUUUUACAAAUGAACUUCAUAGAGAUAUUGAGAUAACUUUUUAUAAACAUUUUAACUGAAGAAGCUGGUGUUUUGCAUUGUGUAUAUCUAGAACCUUUUUUACAACUACCUUUUUAAAAAGACUGUUCCUCUGUCUAAAUAGAGAAAGGGUCCUAAUGGACCCUGGAUAGAUUUUAUAUUUUCUGAUUUGUGAGUCACACUAUCUUUCCUCUGUUCUUGCAACGCAGUGAAAUGUGGUUUCAUUGUUGUGCACAUAAAUAUAUCGGUGCUUAUCCAGAAGACGUGGUGCUAAUUUAUGGAACUGUUAACUUUUUAUUGAGGGAGGGGAGACUUCUCAGAAUAUAUUUUGAUAGCCUAGUACUGUAACUAUGUAUUUUAUGUAAGGCUACAAAUUUGGGUUGUGUUAAGAUGGGACUUAACCAUUUAAUGAUUUACUUGAGCUGUUGAGAUUUUUCUAAUUCUAAGGGUUAAAUGAGAUUACAAGGACAAUAUUGUUGUAUAAUAACAAAUUCAAAUCUGGGAUGUGAUAUUUUUUUAUUUUCCAUGUUGUUUUUGUUCCAAAAAGUCUUUUUGAAUACCAAAUGCCUGAGAUUAAUGAUGCAGAUUGAAGACUACCAACCAUUAAACCAAGAUUGCUACUUG